AUUUUAUUAAUUUAAUUAUUAUAGAUUAGCAAAAAAGAAAAAUGAACGUUAACCACGGAGAUGAAACUGAAGUUAACCACGGAGAUGAAACUGAAGUUGACAAUGAUGGGGAAGAUGAAAUUUAUCAUAAGCGACCUGAUAAAGACAAAGCACUAAAGAAAUACAGAAAAUUGAAACUUAGACUAGAUGAUUUUAUGGAAGAAAUGAGGAAAACAGUCUCAUUAUUAGUGUCAAACUCUGUGACAACUGCAUCGUUCUCUGGUACUACUUCAACAUCAUCAUCAUCUGAUAUGACUGCAAUUGCAGUGACAUCUGGUACUACUACAAUUGCCUCACCAUCUGAUACUACUACAACUGCAUUGACAUCUGGUAGUACUACUACAAUUGCGCUGACAUCUGGUACUACUACAAUUGCAUCGUCAUCUGGUACUACUACAACUACAUCGUCAUCUGGUACUACUACAGUUGCAUUGUCUGGCACUGCUGCAACCGAUCUAAAUUGGAGCAGCUACAGGCUUUAUCGCUCCCAGCACCCAGGACCUCUUUCUGAGAGGUCCUUUAACAAAUGGUGCUUUAAUAAUGGUAUGGAUGAGCCCUCAUUUAAAUGGAGAGCUCAUCCAUACAGGGGUGCUGGGAGGCACCAAGGAAAAAACAGCAACAAAAAAAUUUUAAAUAUCUUUAAUCAGUGAAGAUAUUUACAAUUUUUUUGUUGCUGUUUUUUCCUUGGUGUUUUAUUCUCAAUGAAAUAAAUUUAUAAUUUUAAUUUUGUUUGUUUUUAUUUUUUUAGUAUUUGUUUAGACUAUUAAUUUUUGACUAGACAUUUAAUUUUUGGUUCACAAUAUAACAUGACUGUAAUUGUCCCCAAUAUAUAUCAUAUCAGUUAAAUCAGAAAAAUGUACUAUAGUAGAUAAUUAACUGUAAAAAAAAAACCACAUGUAAAUUUCUAAUAUUUUAAAGUUUAUAAUUUGUUGAUUUUUACCAGAUUUUAUUUCUUUUCAUUGUUUCGAAUUCAAUAGUUUAGUGUUUAUAACUGCUUUUAACUUAUGUUAAGCUUUAAUAAAUUUAAUCUUCUAAUUUUUAUCUAAUAUAGAUAUUUUAAUAUGUAAAAUAGAUAGUCUUAAUAAUAAAGAAAAAAAAAAG